AUGAGUAUUUGUAAAUUUUAAAAUUUAUAUUAAUUUCAAAAUAAUAUCAAAGCCAUCAAGGUCUUUUUAUUAAAUGAUUUUUAUAUUUCCUUUGAAAUAUUCCUAAUUUAUUUUAACAUAAUAUUGAAUUUCAAAUAAGAGAUGGUUCUAAUCCUUUAAUAGAAUUAUAGGAACAAAUUAAAAAAAAGAAAAGUAUUGAGAAUUAAGGAUAAUAACAUAAGAUCAUUUAGAUGUGUGGUUGUUUGUCAAGCCGUAAAGACACAUCAAAUGAAUGUGAGAACUCCAGGAUCAGGAUAAUCAGAAUUAUGUUAAUAAUUGUAAAAAAAUACAAAUAGCCCUUCAUUUGAGGCAGUUCCUGAGAUGGAUUUAGAUAGAGAAAUAGAAAUUAGAGAGUAAUCUAUAGAAGAUUUUCAAAAAACCUAUAAUGAGAAGCAUAAACGAAAUAACCAAAUAAUUUCUUUAAUUGUGAGUGUUAAAUUUGAGAGAACAGAUAUAAUGAAACGAAACUUGUUAUCUGUGAUUAAAUAUUUUCGUCGCUUUAUAGAUUUAAUCAUUAUCGUAGUGACUUAUUUUGAUUAAAGUGAAAAUUUGGAUGAGGAUAAAGAGAAUUUAAAAAAAUCACUAAAAUUUUUAGUGAAAAAUGAUGAAGAGCGAAUUUUUUUUAGUCAAAAUUAAAAUUAAAUAGAUGAGAUUAGGAAACUUUUAAGUGUUAUCGAGAAAAUUGAUUAAAAUAAAUAAUAACCAUUCUCACUUAAAGAUACAAUAUUUGAAGAAAUAGAUGACUCUUAAAAUUAAAACAUCUUGUAAUUAGAAAAUGAUGUAAAAGUAUAAAAGUUUCCAUUUUUUUAUUUACAAUAUACAUAUUCAAAUCUAUUAUUUAUUAUUCUACAUCAAUUAUAUGAAUUCUAAUAAACAUUGAUUAUUUCAAAGAAACAAGUUGAUAAUCCUAAAUAUUUAAAGCCUCCAAGCAAUAAAUACCCUCCUAAUUUUAACACUUUAUCCAAAUUCCAUGAACAUAGAUACUCUCCAGGAAAAAGGAACUUUUAAUGCAAAUGUCUUUCGUUUCUAUUAAAUGCUAGAGUUUAGGAUAUGAAAUUCUUGAUUCGAAACCAAUAAAGUCAUUUAAUACUAGGCAAAAGCAAAAAUUUCGAUCGAAUAUAUUAUAUGUAUAUGUAAAACAAAAAAAAAUUUAAUAGAAUUAUUCCUCAUAACUUUUGUUUUAUAGGCAAUUAUCGGUUGUAAAAGUUUCUAAUUAAAUUUAAGAGCAAAUAUGGUUAACAAGACACCUAUCAAUCAGGCAAUCUCAAAAUAUCAGACAAUCCAUACACACCGAAAUAAUAGAUGUUGGGAUCUUGUAAUAGAUGA